AUGCCGCUGUCCUCCUAUCUCACACUUGCCUCCAAGAUGCCCCAGCUACAAGCGCAUCUUGUUUUUAGCUAUGCUGACAUCGUUCGUGAUUGUGUUUGGGACAGGGUCAUGAUCUGUGCUCGGAAAUUCUACCAUUAUGAUUAUGAAGGGAACAGUCGUUAUAUAAGUCCAACACACGGCACACUUGUUAUCACCUUUUUGUUCCGUCUGUGUGCCCAGGCUGCUACAAAGCUUCUGGAUGAGAUGUGCCAUCUGACGGCUCAGUCUCUGACAGCACUGGACACAUCGGAGCACUUCAAGGUCCUAAAGCUCCUGGGCGAAGGCUCCUACGGAAAAGUCAUGCUGGCUGUACACAGGAAGAGAGGUACUCCGAUGGCUCUGAAGUUCUUCCCUCGCGAGUCCACCUCUCUCUUCUCUUUUCUGAGGGAGUAUAACCUCUCUCUGUCGUUCUGCACCCACCCAUCCCUCACCGGAGCUCUGGGAAUCGCCUACUCCACACCCUCGCACUACGUCUUUGCUCAGCAAGCGGGCCUCUUUGGCGACCUCUACGACGUCAUCUUGCCUGAGGUCGGUAUGGAGGAGGACUGCUGUCAGCGGGUGGUGUCCCAGCUCUGUGGCGCACUGUCCCAUCUGCACUCCCUUGGUUUUGUCCACAGAGACCUCAAACCAGAGAACGUCUUCCUGUGCGACUCCGCCUGCCGCUGGGUCAAAUUGGGAGAUUUCGGCAUGGUGAAGGCCAGGGGCACCAGGGUCCCGGAGGUCUGGUACAGCUCCCCUUACUGCACCCCUGAGGCUGAGAUUGCUCGCAGAAAUGAGGACGGCCGGAGAAGCGUGAAUGACGGGAAUGGUGGUGUUAACAAGGAUGAAGCGAGAGAGAAGAAGUCAAGAGUCUGGGUGUCUGUGGAGCCCAGCACAGACAGCUGGGCGCUUGGGAUCCUAACCUAUGCCAUGCUCACCGGCAGUCAUCCCUGGGCUGAGACAGCCAGCAACUGCCGCUCAUACCUGAGAUAUCGGGAAUGGUUUGACAGAGCGAAAGGCCCUGAGGAUGAACUGGACGUGUGGGCCGAGCCGCAGACAGAGAGCGCACGGGAUGCCAUUGAUUUAGAUGGGCCAGAACUUGGACGAAAAGACCGCCCUCCCAUAGCACCCCAGUUUGCGUGUUUCACCCCGCUGGCCCGCUCCUUCUUCCAGUCGCUCCUCGACCCGAGACCCCGGCUUCGCAGACAGCCUGAGGAUGCGCUGAGCUACCUCGGAGGUGACUGGAUGAUGGAGAAGGAGAGGAUGAGGCUGGAGGAGGAGAGGAGGAAGAGCAGACGGAAGGGAGCAAUCAGAAACAUGAAAGAGAUGGAGGGGAGAGGAGAGCGAUGA